AUGUCCCCGACAGUUGAUGAGCUGGAGUCCACAGCCAGAAACAAGCAUACCAACGAUAUUAAACAAAUGUGGCUUCUCGUAGAUAAUCAAGAUUACUUGCCAAACGUUCAGAAAGGAUGGACGUUCAUCCGUGGGCCACCUCAUCCGCCUAUGGUUACCACUAAUACCGGAAAGGGGAACACAGUGAAUCACCUCAAAAGUGUGGCUCAAUACUUGAGGAACACAGUGACCAUUAAAUGUUCCUUAGAAAGGAAAGGUGAUUAUUUACUGAAACCCCCCCAGCACAUUGACUUGCUCCCAAUGCCUGACUGA